UGAGUACUUUGCAUAGUCAGCGCCGGCCAUCGAACGGUCAUAAGGAGGCUGGCAUACCCGGUCACCGCCUUCUCGAGACGCCAUCGCGGUUCUUGGAUGUCUCGUUGAUCGUGGAUGGUCCCGAUGGACAAGCGCGAGUUUGUAGGAGCGCGGCGAGGGACACUGGGCUCGCCGGUCUCGACGUAGCGCAAUUGCAACAACGAGUACACGAGCGCUUUCAGGAGAUGACCGCGAAUCUGCGAAGGAAUUGGAAAAGGUGUUCCAGUGGACGGUGCUGCUGGCGCUGGUGAACAAGGCAAAGACCCAAGCCUAGGCCGGCGCGGGACUGACUACUUGCUUGGCUCCAGACUUUACAAAAGCGGAAAUUCUGGGCUUCACAACACGCAAUUGAGCCGUAUGGUCUCUACAGACCACAGUGCUGCAUCUCAGCAUACGUCCUAGGCCCUGGAACGAGCUGCACCGUGUGUGGGACUUAUGCGACCCUGCUAACCAUGCUGGUGGUCUUGCUGGGCUCCCCUGGAGCAGUGACGGGCGGAUGGUGAAUCGCUAUGCUAGGCACGUGUUGCUACUGCGCUCGGAGAGUGACCUCGCGCGCCGCUCAAGACAGCUUUGUUUUCUCACCCUCACCCUCACCCACACACCACUAUCGACACAACCAUCACCAUCACGACCACCCCCUGAAUACGACCGACAGCUCGCCGUCGUCCUCAGUAGCACGAGCACUUCGCAAACACGCCGGCGAGAUGACCGCUACGAACUUUUACUCGCGCUUCACGAGCUUCCGCCCACCCAGAGGCACCCCUUUGACGCUCGACCUCUGCGUCGCCCUCGACGACCUCGAGCUGAGCGCGCCAGUUGACUCCGCGGAAGCUGAUGAACAGGACCAAGAGACCACCGCGUUGCUCACCUGGGGCACGCGCCUUCCAAAUAGAUACUCUGAUGCCUUUGAGAGCGCCUGGCCAGAGAUGUCUGUCGCCGCCCAUGCAGAUCAAUUCAAGAUCGAUCUUCGCAGCUUGGACUUUGACCUGCACUGCAAUGAUCAGAUCUACAACGGAGACGACGCCCUCCGCCGCGCGCAUCAGAUGAUCUCCAACUACAAAGUCAUGAACAAGUCCUUUGGAGACAAGCAGCCCUCUUUUGCGUACGCGACACUCAUAACCAACGCGAGCUACCUGCCCGGAGUUAUCUGCCUACUUCACUCACUUCGCAAGUCUGGCGGCAAGUUCCCUCUCGUUGUGCUCUACACCAAGAACCUCACAGCCUAUGCUGUCGCCGCACUCCAGAUCGAAGAGAAAGAUCCCAGCAACUUUCUUGAGCUCUACUGCAUUGAUCCACUCUUACCUCCAGGCCAUCACAACCUCAAUGUCGCCGAUGCACGCUUCGCCGAUACUUGGACCAAGCUCCGCGUCUUCCAGCUCUACAAGCGCUUUACCACCGUUGCCUACCUCGAUGCCGACAUGAUCAUGAGCGAAAACGACAACAUUGAUUACAUCUUCGAGUAUGCUCGCUUCCUUCCAAAGAAUACCAUCGCCGCCGUCCACGACUGCGUCUGUAGCCAGCCAGAAUACGGCCCCAAGAAGUGCCUCUUCAGUCAGCAACAGCACAUCACUGCCGACUACGCCCAUAUCACUGCCAGACAAGGCGACACUGGCCCAGAGACACUGUUCAACAGCGGCAUGUUUCUCUUUCACCCAACCAAGAAGCUGUGGGACGCUCUCAUCUACUACUUCAACAACUCCACCAGACUUGGCGAGUUCCGCUUCCCAGACCAAGACUUUCUCGUCACCUUCUUCAAAUACCGCUUCACCGGCAUCCCGUGGCAGUGGAACGCCGUCAAGACCAUGGCCCAGCGCCACUCCAACGUCUUCGACACAGACCGGGUGUGCCUCACCCACUUCAUCGUCGACAAGCCAUGGGCCAAGCGCGUCGACGCCGACUCUCCGGGCACCCACAGCCCCCUCCACGCUACCUGGUGGGCCGUUUACGACGAUUGGAGGACGAAGAAGGAACAGAAGCGCGAGCGCAAGAUGUGGGAGCUCGUCAACAUCGUCGCCAAGCACACAGGCGACCGGAACGGAGUGAGGCCGAUCGACGGUGUGCCGAAGCAUGUCUGGGAGGGGAAGCUGCCUCUCGACAUGUUCACCGUCGUCGGUCUCGACGACUUGACUCCGUUCCGUGGCUACGGGCCAACCUAUUGGCCCGUAGUUGUUGGCGAGCUCCUGGCGGAGGUGGAGGAGAUGGAGGAGGAGGAUGAGGAGGCCCUCAAGAAGUUUUAGGCGUUUUUUGGCUGUAAAUAAAUCGGAAUUAAUUCACUUGCCGGGCGGAUGGGCUGGUCUCUCCGCCCUCGCUGGCUAUGACAACGGC